AUGAUUUCAUCACCUUCAAACUCUUCGCCGUUGACUUUUUCUACCUCGGAAGUGAAUGUUAUGAAUCAUCAAGAGGUGGAUACAGUUGAGGAUGUAAGAUCUAUCUACUCACGUCCAUUAACUCUGGAAGAGAUGAUUGCGCAAAAUGAUGCCGAAAUUGAUGAAGCUGUAAGAAUGGGUAUUGUGGAUUAUUCGGUCUUGUAUGAUGAUGAAAAGGAGCCCUUUGAGGAUAAUUUUGAUGAAAGUAGUAGUGAUGAACAGGUGGAUUUUGAGGAAAUUGAGGAAGAACGAAAAUCUUGGGCAAAGAAAAAGAAACGCCACGGACAUGCCACAUUAAAGAGAAAUAAUUAUGAUGAUUUAAAUUUGUAUUCGGAUGAUAUGGUCCUUUUAGCAAAGAUCGAACAACGAAAAUUUAAUUGGUAUCUAAACAAAGGACUUGCUGAACAAAUCAAUGAAAACAGUAUCAAACUCAAGUUUAAACCAAAGGGAUAUGGUCACACAGAUGAUGCAUUCUACAUGUCCAAAAUGGAUAAUAUUUGUGUGGUAUGUGGUACUGACAAGGAGCUAACGCGACACCAUAUUGUAAGCUUUGAAUAUAGAAAAUGUAUGCCAGAAUUUGUCAGAUCUCACUCUAGUCAUGACAUUUGUCUUUUGUGUGCUCAUUGCCACGAAGAAUACGAAACAGAAGCAUUCAAGUUAAGAAAACAAAUUUCAGAACAAUAUAAUUCGCCACUUGGAGGAGUUGGAAUUACAAAGAAUUUGCAUUAUGCAUCUGCAAAGAAAGCUGCUAACGCUCUUCUCAAAUGUCGUGACACACUUCCAAGAAAUCGUGUCGAGGAGUUGGAGAAGGGAUUGAGGCAAUUUCUUAAAUCUUGGAAGCAAUGUACUGUCACGGUAGAACCAAGUAAUAAUGACAACGACGAGGAAGAUUCAGAAGAACCAAUACCAAAGCAUGUUCUUGAAAUGAUUUUAACACUACAAGUGAACGACAAGACCAUGUUUGUUUCUCAUGGUGAAGGUGUUAUCAAAAAUUUGAAGCAACAAUCGGCCAACGAUGAGGAUUACCUGAACAAAUUAGAUGCCUUUUGUAGAAUGUGGAGACAGCAUUUUGUCGACGUUUUAAAACCAAAAUUCAUGAGUCCACAUUGGAAAGUGGACAAGAGGAUUAGACGUGGCGAGCAUGACGAUCCAAACAAGAGAACUCUCAUCAAUGAGUAA